CGUGCGCGGAGCGGAGCGCGGAGCAUGGCGCGGGCGGCGGCGGGGCUGCGGCCGGUCCCGGCGCUGGGGCUGGGGCUGGUGCUGCUGGGCGGCCUCCUGCUGCGGGGCGGCGCGGCGGCGGGGGCCGGGGCCGGGGCCGAGCCGUGCCAGGCGCCGCGGCAGUGGGAAGGGCGCACCGUGACCUACGAGCACGGCACGGGCCGCAACACGAGGGCCGCCGUCUCCUACGACGGCCCCAACCAGCGGCUGCGCGUCCUGGAGGAGAGGAAGGCGCUCAUCCCCUGCAAGAAAUUUUUUGAGUAUAUAUUCCUCUACAAAGAUGCAGUGAUGUUUCAGAUUGAGCAAGUUACAAAGCUUUGCUCGAAGGUUGCUCUGACAGAGCCGUGGGAUCCCUAUGAUAUUCCUGCCAAUUCAACCUAUGAAGAUCAGUACUACAUUGGGGGACCUGGAGACAAAAUUAUGGUACAGGAAUGGUCUGACAGAAAACCAGCCAGGAAAUUGGAAUCGUGGGUUGGCGUUUACACAGUGACAGACUGUUACCCUGUACAGGAAACCUACACGAAGAACUACAGCGUGACGACCUCCACUCGCUUCUUCGACCUACAGCUGGGCAUUGCUGACCCCUCGGUGUUCACCCCUCCCAGCACCUGCCAGACAGCCCAGCUGAGGAAGAUGGAAGGUGAAUGCUGAUGGUGAACCCUGGCUGCGAACACAUAUGAGCCAAGAGGAUGGCUCAUUAAUAGCUCCUGACAUCCAACCUCAGUUUUCAAGCUUAUUGUGGCUCUUCUGGGAAUUACAAGUUUUCACUUGAAAGGGAACAUAAACAUGGAACUGAGCAAAAUAUAUAACACUAAAGUUCUCUUUCAUCACAUUAAUGUGUUCAGUGAUGCACUUGUACAGUAGAGUGACCACUGUUACAAUAUUUACAGAUAGUAUUUAUUUAAGCUGUGGCUGAUUUUCCUUUUACAGAGGUUUGGUUAUUCAUCUCUUCAGGAAGACAAAGUGUAACCAGACUGCAAUACUGGGAACAUCUAGAAGGAAGAACUAGAUUUUGUUGUUCUUGUUGCUUCUGGGGUUUGAGGGAAGGGGAACUAUGCUCUGGGUAAGACUUCAUCCCUACCUGAAAAAUACCCCGUUUUAAACAACGCACAUCAAAAGUGGGGAAAUCAUUCUAUUGGCUUAGUUUUGCUUUCUGUUUUUCACUUUCUGCCCGUCAGGAAGCUGGUAGUCCAAUGUCUGAGCUGAUUUCUUUCUUUCUGAAGGGAAGCUGGAGUAACUAUUCAUGGAAUGCUAGUUGACAUGCAGAAAAUGCUUGCCUGGUACUUGGGAUAACAGUGUGAAAGGGAGGGAAAGAGGGAAAGGUACACCCCCAGAAAAGCAAGCCAAAGUUUUCUUACAUUUACUACACUUUUGGUACUCCGGGAGGGUGCAGUGAGACAUUCCUCAGUCACAUUUUACUUCAGCUCUCACUUUUCAAGGGAAUACUAGUUUUAACCUACGCAAAGAGAUUGAGAGGUACCGUGUCCUAAAUGGCUUUAAUCUUUUGUGACUAUUCUCAAAAGUUUCUGUACUCAGAAGGGUAUAAAACCAGCCCCAUGAGUCCAGGUAGAAGUGAGAAAAAAGCCAUUCUUAGUGUGCAGUUAGUAAAGGCUAAAUCAGCGUUCACACAGUGCCUGGGGAUGCGGAUGGAGUGAAAGGUGGAGCUGUGUGGCCAGUGUGGGGAGCUGGGAGGAGGAAUGGGAGGGAGUUUUGGAUGACCCCUGAGCAGUGGGGCUGCAAGCUACUGCAGUCCAAGCAGAAAUGACAAUCUUGCUUCCUCUUGCUCCCACUCCAUUGAUGCCUGCCUUGUUUGCUGCUCCGUCAGCAUCUCAAACCUCAUUUAUUAACUCUGCAUCCUUUCCUGGUGGGCAGAGUGAAAGCUGCUUUAAGGUGAAUAAAUAGCUAACCAAAAAAAGCCUUGCUUUCUUUUGCUUUAGAGAACUCAAACCAAAUCUCUGUGCACCUUCAGGCCCCCAGAAGUGUGGAAUGGUGAUGGGGUUUGCCCUUUUACCAAAUGAAGUAAAUUGGCUUAUUCUAUUGAGUCUAGGCAUGCCUUUUAGUUAUAAUUUGCAAAUAUGUUUAAAGCCAUAUUCUUGUCCUCUUAUACGUGUAGGGUACUUGUUUGCUGCAGAAGUUGUCCCAGUGCCACGCUGGGAGGUUUGAUGUCUGUGGAGGGGAGAUGCUGGGCAAGGCUUUUAGUGCUUUGUAUGCUCAUAGCUUCUUGUACGUGAGCAAGUGGUACAGUGGUUACUUUGCUUUCACAGCUGCGGUCAAAAUGGCAUUUUACUUUGCCUUGUGCCUAAUGAAAGCAUAUACACAGAGCUGCUAAAGUUUAGGUAGCUGAUUAGAGCUGUUCCCCUGGACAUGACCAUGCCACUGAAACUUGCUAGCGGGAAGAAGGCUUGGGUUUCCUUGGAUUUAGAGUGCAUUUAGUCUGUGCUCGCCGCCCGUAUUUUUUGUGACAGCCUAAAUGCUAACUGCAUGUUGUUCUCAUUAGGGCAAUGAUUAACACACAUUUCUUAAUAUCUGUGUCUUGUUGGAAUCUGGAAAACAUAAUAAAUCUGGCUAGCAAACAUGAA